UUUUUUUACACUGAUUGCUUUUACCCCAUAAAGGCUGUAAAACCAAUAAUUUCCCAGUCAUUCCUGCAGCCAUUGAGAAAUACUUUGAGAGCUGUGAUUGGUCACCUUGUCACAUGGUACAAGGGUGUUGUGAAGCACUGUGUAGCAGAUGUAAAGGGACUGUCUUUAGUCCAAACUCUUCAGCUGACUAGCAUUGGGGCCCAGUUGUACACUUUUCCCAAGCCUGCAUGCAGCAAGAAGGCCUCUAGAUGGCCAAUCAGUGAUCACUUCGGGACCUCCCACCCCGUUCCAGUC